CGCGUCGCCGCCACAUCUUGAUCUCAGCCGUCACCAUGGCGGACACUGGGAAGGCCCCCGAGAUCCCAGCGGGUCUGCAACAGUAUGACUCGUACGCCACGGACCCCAAGUACCAGAAGUACUUUACCAUCGGGUGGACAUCCGCCCUCGGAGCCUUCCUCCUCUUCAAGCUAGCCGGCCUCUUCAUACGUCGCAGGAGCAAGAUCUGGGCCUUUAUUUCUUCUGUUGGGCUCUGGAGUCUACCGGGACUGAGCUUGACCGUUGGACAGCUACUUGUCAUCAUCCUCUACACCGUCGGAGUCCUUGCUUGCCUCACCACUCGCGCCAAGCUCGAAGAGAACCCCAACCGGGCUGGCUUCCUUGCUCUCGCGCAGCUCCCACCCAUCUUUGUCCUCGGCGCAUUUAAGUCCGCCCCCACCGCGCUUGCGCCCCCUGGAAAGCAUGCCGCGAGCUUCCUCGCGCACUUUACCUAUGAGAAGCUGUCACCCUACCACCGCUAUGCUGGGCGUGUGUUCUUCCUGUGUGCAGCAAUCCACGGGGGAAUGUGGAUCAACAAUCACCUAAAGUACGACCAGCAAAUUCUGGGGGCAGGGAAGGAGACGACGGGAGUAGCGGCCUUUGGGCUGGUAUGUGUGCUGCUCCUGUCAAGCGUGAAGCCAGUGCGGAAAUGGGCGUAUGAGGUGUUCUAUAUCAUCCAUAUUCUGUCCGUCCCAGCGUUCCUCGUCACGAUCAGCUACCACACGCCGUAUGCUCGCCCUUGGGUCUACCCUCCCGCCGCCUUCUGGCUCGGCGAUCUUGUUCUGCGCAUGGUCCGCGGUACCUGGGUCGGACAGGUCGAGCUCAGUGUGCAGGGAGAUAUCACUGUCGUCAACAUGCCAACCUUUACUCGCCCUAUCCAACCUGGCCAGCACGUCCGCGUCUCCCUCUUCAUACCUACGCUCGGCUUCCGUGAUGCAUGGUAUACGCCAGGACAUCCUGUUACUGUAAUCCCCACCGCUCGCGGCGCUGUGCUCUCCAUGAAGGGCACUGGUGGCUGGACGCGCGCCGUCUCGGACUACGCUCGUUUUGUCUCACCACCCUCUGAGCCUAAGCCCGUGCCCGAUAUUGAGGAGGAUUGCGUCGAUAAACCCCAAGGGCAGACCGCAUCUCGGAUGACCGUCCUCGCCCUGCUCUCUGCGCAUCCAACGGGCGGCGUUGCGCUCCCGCGGCCCUUCGCCUCGUAUACGGACGUCUUCUGUAUGACGGGUGGUAGCGGCGCGAGCUUCGCGUUGUCUCUCGCGCGUUCGCUGCGUAGCGCGCGACGCGCGGAAGUCGUUUGGUGCGUGCGCUCCUUCGGAAGCAUCAUCCCACUCGCGCCCUACCUUGCGCGGCUCACACAAGGUGGCGCGAACGUGCACAUCACGAUCUACGUGACGUGUUUGUGCCAGCCCGAGCUCAUUCCGCACAUUCCCAACUGCGACGUCGUUCUGUGGGACGGCAUUGGGGAUAGCGGAAGGCCAUCGGUGGGAAGCUUGGUGAAGCAGUUUGUGGGGGAGGUGGAUGGCAAGGAAGGGGAGACGAGUGUGGCUAUAUUAGCUGCUGGGCCGAGGUCAUUGGUGGCGGAGGCGGGGAAUGCGGUCGCCAGACUCCGAGCCGCGGGACCGGUUGUAGAGGUGGGAUACCAUGGAGAGGUAUUCGAUCUGUAGUAGGCUCCCAAGCCUCGUUUGCUUGUACAACUAACAUGCUAUGCCGUGUAUUAUCAUUGCAGUAACCAUUUUGUCGGGUCAAUUGAUCUCCAUUACUCGGCGCGCGCUCUACCUCGUGGUAUUCGGAUAAUAAUGCCAUCGUCAGUACGCCCUCCGGGACCAGAAACGUACUUUCUUUCGACCCAGG